CAACAACCUCUUCGCCUCUUCUGCUCUCGUGAGUCGUCAAGAACUGCUCCCCCACAUCAAUCCUACUACGCCCAUCUCUGCUUGUGGCUGUCGCUCUAACUCUUAUCGUCUGUUUUGUCUUCAUUCAUCCUCACGUCAUGCUGUCUCUUCGUCGCGCCUUGCCAUCUCCGCCUAAUGCCGCCCGGUGCUUUCACUCGACCGCGCGUCGUUUUGUCAAAGCUGGAGAUACCAUCCCGGAUGUUCCCCUCAUGGAGAACUCGCCGGGGAACACGGUGUCUCUGGCAAAAGAGCUCAGCGGCAAUGGUAUCAUCAUUGGUGUACCAGCUGCCUUUUCUCCAUCUUGCUCAGAGUCACACAUCCCGGGCUAUAUCAACUCUCCAAAAAUCAAGAACGCUGGUGCGGUUUUUGUUGUCUCCGUCAAUGAUGCAUUCGUCAUGAAGGCAUGGAAAGCCUCACUGGAUCCCGAUAGCAAGAGCGGCAUCAGAUUCCUCGCUGACCCAUCCGCGGCAUUUGCCAAAUCACUUGACCUCACCUUCGACGCCCCCCAGAUCUUCGGCGGACCACGCAGCAAGCGAUACGCCCUCCUGAUCAAGGACGGGAAAGUUGCGGAAGCUCACAUCGAGCCCGACAACACCGGCCUCAACAUUUCCGCGGCUGAGAAAGUCCUCCAAUGAGCAUGCCUGCCCAUGAAGCUCAUCUCCCGCAUAUACGCGGAUCGUAGAAUGGUAGACUGGCAGAUUGGAUGGUCGAGCACAACAAGGUGAUGAAUUCACGCUCCUGUGGUGCGGUAUGUAGUACGUAUAUCGUCACGUUGAAGUAGGAUACGUUCCGUGGUAUGCCGAGAUAGUAGUAUAUAUAUGAGUGCGCAUCUCGCAAACUUGCAAUCAUAUACUACACACACUCAAACAUACAUACAUACAUACGAAUAAGCAG